AUGAGCCUGCCGCCGUCCCGACGGCGCUCUCCUUUUCUGUUUCCAACUUUUCUGCUGCUCUUGCUGGCGCCCCCUUUACCCUCCCGCGCUCCAGAGGAAAAGAAGACGCGGGGUGCCACCAGUGAUUUCUUUCCCAGUGUAUGUGAGUCUUGCCAUGCCGAUGCAACGUGUCAGCAACAAGAUGGCAAACCUGCCUGCAUCUGCAAUUAUGGAUUUGUGGGUAAUGGAAGGACCCAUUGUCAAGACAAAGAUGAAUGCCAGAUUGGGAGCAGUGAGAUUUGUGGAGAGCACGCGUCAUGCCAUAAUACACAUGGAAGUUUUUAUUGCAUUUGCCUUGAAGGCUUCAAAGCUUCCAAUAACAACAGCAUGUUUAUCCCUAAUGAUGGCACACAUUGUAUAGACAGUGACGAAUGUGAAGCCUCGGACAUCUGUGGCCUUGGAGGACUGUGUGUGAACUCUGAGGGAAGCUAUAAGUGCAAGUGUGCUGAAGGAUAUAGGACAAAAAAUGGAGCCGAAACAUUCCAUCCGCCUACAGAUAGAAUCUCAUGUGAAGUUGUGGACUGUGGGAUUCCACCUUCUUUUCCAAAUGCAUAUAUGACCCUUGUCGAUGAGUCAACAACCUAUGGAAGCAAAGUCGAAUAUACUUGUCUAUCAGGUUAUGGCAUUGAAAGGGGAAACUGGACUUCAGUUUGUGAUUCCAGAGGUUUCUGGGAAGGAGCCAAUCUGAUGUGCAAAGAAAUAGAUUGUGGAAAACCAUUGCAGCUUCCGAAUACAGACAUUGUUUGGGAUAACACCACAGCUUUGGGCAGCACAGUAUACUAUAAAUGCAAGAAAGGAUUUCAGCCUAUUGGAGAACGUGAUUUUUCACAAUGUAUAAUAACUAAAAAGUGGGAAAACAUUACUUUUGAAUGCAAAGAGAUAGAUUGUGGACACCCUCCUUUAAUACCCGACUCUGAAAUGAAGUGGGAUAAGACCUCUCGGCUGGGAAGUGUUGUGGAAUACAAAUGCAACAAAGGUUUCUACGCCACAAGCCCGAAAACCCUUUCUUACUGUAGCCAUAGUGGAUCAUGGGAAAUCCUGGAUCUAAGAUGCAAAAAAAUACAGCCAUUUAUUGAUUUUGCAGUGAACAAUUCUUGUUUGACAUGGAGGAGGCAAUAUGAAAGUGAUGGUGUAAAUGAAACUUACAGAGUUACUAUGAGGGUGCUAGGGAAUGAAUUUAAGAAAACUGCCAAUGAAUUGAAGAUUAACCUAACCACAGCUGAGGAGGCUGUAAAGAUAUGCUUGCCAUUUCAUCCAAACACAAACUACAGUAUAAAAAUCGAAGCAGAAUCCAGCAAUUUGGUUUCACGGUUCUCAUUAAUAAAUCCAGUACCUGAAAAAGAAGUUGUAUUUGGCAACAUCUCCAUAUUUAAUGUUAACUGUAUUAAAUGGCAGAGGAAAUCAAGAACACCAUAUGAGCAAAUCUAUGUGCUUCACAUACAGGGUCUACGCUGGUAUCAGAAGGAAUUCCUUCAUUCUGUGACUCUUGAUUUUGUCGAGAGUUCACAGAGUCCAGCACUGUGCCUUAAUUUACGCCCAGGCAGCAAUUAUACUGUUAACAUUUCCACAGCAAAUUUGGAACAUAGUGUCACAGUCUACACAACGACCCCAAUCACAGCUCCGCGGUGCCCAGAAGUGGAAUUUAUAUCAGCAGAAGGUUCUUCUCCAUUAUUCAACCUGACGAAGGCAGAAGAAAGUAAUGGACCUAUAAGUUCUUACCAAGUGAUCGUCAUUCCGUGGAGCCCAGAAUGCAACUUUAAUUGUUAUUCCUUGACUGCCCAAACUUACUUCAGCAGUGGCACUGACUCUGAUGGAUACGUGGCAGCUGAAUUCCCAGCCAAGGCCCUUACUGACAACGGAUCAGUCUUUGCUCUUGGAGACAGACUUUACUAUGGGAAAUUUUACAAUGCUCCCUUGAAACAAGAAAAAGACUAUUGCAUUAUACUAAGGAUCAUCAGUGAAUGGGAUGAGGUGAGAACACAAUCCUGCAUCGCCUGGGCCCAAAUUAGAGAUGUAUCAUCCAAGCCACAGCAUGUGACUGCUGUUACAUUAGGGUCAGUUGCUGUUCUUUGCUCCGUCCUGUUAUUGUCAUUCUUCGCAGCACGCGCAGCGAUACAUACAUCACAACAAGCUGCCCUAGCUAAAAGGACGCUGGCCGAUGGGGUUCGACUUUUAUCUACCACCAAGCAGACUAUUACGUUACCUUCUCCAGUGACUCAGACUUUCUCCCGUGUCUGAUGCGUACAUCUACCAAUCACUUGGACAACAAUGAAAGAAAACACGGGAGGGUCUGGAACUGUCCAACUGUCUCAGUUCACCCGGGAAUACAGAGCGAGCGGAUGCAUCCACAGAAUGUCAGCCACUGCCUGCGUAGCUGGGAGCAAAAUGAUAUGUUUUUAUUUCCUCCUUUUUGUUCCAGAACUGUCCUCGGUGAAACAUGUGGACACCUAGUGUUAACAUCUCAAGAGACUGCUACAGCUAUUACAGUGUUCAUUUGAGUGGCCUCUUCCCGUCACUCCUUCCCCCUGGUCCUUGAUUGUAGGAGGCUGUAUCAGAUAGCAGGUUUAUGUGCUGCAGAAGCUUGGAUGAGCAUCCUGUUCGAGACAAGUGGGCAGUCACCAAGCUCUGUUCCACUUUUCAUCGGCUCCAAACCUCCACCGUCUUUCUAGUCUCCCUAUGUUCUCCAUCACCAUCUCAUCACUGUGCCUGUGUUGCAAUCAUAGGGGUGCUCAAGCAGUCCCUCCGCUGCCUUUUAAAGGCAUUGAUGCCCUUCUUGCACUGAUUAGCCCUCUUAUUUAAAUGCUCAGAAGGAAUGUUGGCUCAAGAG